AUGAAAUUCUCAAAAGCCUUUCUAGCCGUCUCAUUAGCAUCAGUCGCUCUCACAAACCAAGUAGGCUCCUCGAAUGUCCUCCCCAUCCGUCGCCGUCAGUUGCAAAGCCGAGCCGGCUCAAGUGUCAUACCGUUGAAAGCCGCCGACUUCGGAACCAUAUUCGAUGUCGAAGUCUCCUUUGGCGACCAGAAAUUCCUCCUUAUCCCAGACACUGGCAGCAGCGAUAUAUGGGUAGUCGGCACCGGAUUUGAGUGCUUCGAUUCUAACCAAACCGUGCUCCCACAGUCCAGCUGCAGAUUCGCCAACACAUACAACAAGUCUGCAACAUUCCAUGAGAUCCACAACGAGACUUUCGGGGCAGGAUACGGUACUGGUAUUGCCUUGGGCUUGUUGGGUUAUGAGGACAUCGCUCUGGGUGGUGUCACAGUCAGACAGCAGACUGUGGGGGUAGUGAACAUGACCACAGAUACGGGUGACACGAUCAACAGCGGCAUCCUCGGCCUGGGAUAUCCGAUUUUGACCUCAGCCCAUGCAGUCGGUGCUCUAGACAUCACGAACCCGUUGGCAAACCGCACCAACUACGACCCGCUCCUCUAUAGUAUGCACAAGCAAGGUCUGAUCGAGCCAUGGUUCAGCAUCGCGCUGAACAGAUUGCCGCGAAACACAACUAUCGGAGACGGCGGCUACCUCGGGCUCGGAGAGCUUCCCCCGGUCCCUCACAGCGACAUCGUCGUCACAGCGCCCGUCGAGGUCACCGAGGCGAUACCCAUCGCUCUCACAAACGGAGUACGACAGAUCACCGAAUGGACCCUGGCCGUCGAUUCCGUCCUCUGGGGUGGCGCCAGCAACAGUUCUCCAGCGGCAAACAGUACCAGGUUCCAAGCCGUCGUCGACACCGGCAGCCCCUUCAACUACCUGCCCCCCGAGAUUGUCGACCCCAUCCACGCCCUCUUCUCCCCACCCGCAACGAUGGACGCGGCCACCGGCGUCGCACCCACCCCCUGCGACGCCAAAGUGCCCAAGCUGGGCGUCACGAUCCGCGGCCAGACGUUCUGGCACCUCGACCAGGACCUCAUCUUGCAGACUCCCGACGGGUCGUGCAUAUCGGCGCUGAAGUACACUGCGCAGGGGUAUGGGUCGGGCCUCAACUUCCUGGGCGAUCCGUUCCUGAAGAACGUGGUGUCGGUGUUUGACUUUGGGAAGGAUGAGAUGCGGUUUAUGGCUAGGCAAGAUGGCGGGGGCGUGUCGACUGCUGGCGCGACAAACAGGAGCUCACCCGGCGGCGGCUCGUCUAGCAGCAGCAAUACGUCUGAUGGGCUGACUGUGCAGCCUCUAAUGGAGGCUGUGGCUGCAUUCUCUUUGUUCGUCGCUGCACUUGCAUAUGCUGUUUAG